AAGACACACAUCUGGGAGGGAAAAUGCGCUGUGGAUUCCUGUGCCGAUUCCUGUGGCUUUGGCCCUAUUUGUUCUACGCAGACGCUGCGCCCAUCCAGAAAGUCCAGGAUGACACCAAAACCCUCAUCAAGACGAUCGUCACCAGGAUCAAUGACAUUGCACACACGCGGUCGGUCUCCUCCAAACAGAGGGUCACUGGCUUGGACUUCAUCCCCAGGCUCCACCCUGUUCUGAGUUUGUCCAAGAUGGACCAGACAUUGGCAAUUUACCAACAGAUCCUCACCAGCCUGCCUUCCGGGAAUGUGCUCCAGAUAUCCAACGACCUGGAGAACCUCCGGGACCUGCUCCACCUGAUGGCCUCCUCCAACAGCUGCCCCUUCCCCCGGACCAGGAGUCUGAAGACCUUGGAGGGCCUGGACGAUGUCUUAGAAGCUUCGCUCUACUCCACGGAGGUGGUGGUCCUGAGCAGGCUGCAGGGGUCCCUGCAGGACAUGCUGCAGCAGCUGGACUUCAGCACAGGGUGCUGAAGCCUUGAAGGCUUGGAGAGAGCCUGAGUGGACAUUUUUAUCCAGGCCUCCAGUCCCUUUCUCUCACUCCUCCAAGCCAUCCUUCCAAAGGUCAGUUCUGCGGGGGCGUGGCCACCGCCAGCCGCCAGUUGUUUGGGCUGAAGGAUCCCCGGAAGCGCAGGACUGACAGCGUGAGCACAUGCUGCCCCAGAGGCAGGGAGGGUCUGCACAUCAGCCUUAAGAAGCACCAAGUUUUUGAAUAAACGAGUAAAACCCCAGCAAACAAAGACAUGCAGUUCGACAGCAGGCUCAAGCAGAUACGCAGGCUCGCAAAGACGAGGCCGUUCUGGUUGCAGGCGCAGAGCAGUCAUCUCUGCAGUACGUGAAGACCUGAGAGUUUCAGCCUGGGUCCAGGGAGGGGACUCUAGGGCUGGCCCAUCCAAGGGAGUCACUUCCAUGGGUGAUUUCAAGGGUCCCCAUCCCCCAAAACAUCUGGCUGAUGACUCUGGAGAUUUGGUGGGAGAAUGACCCAGCACAGUGUCUAGUUGGCAGUAAGUGUAAGUGAACCUGCCUCAGCAGCAGGCUUUAGAUGUCAGGGAUCUGGGACCAGGAGCACCUGGACACAAACUCGCCUUCCGAGCAGAUGACGGAGGCCGAGUCUCUUCCUGUGUGCUAGCUUAGGUGAGGGCGGAAGGGGAGGCCCAAGAAGAGGUGCAGUCAGGUGUGGCUGGAGCAGCCUGAGGGGUCACUUGGCAGCCGAGGGAAGUGGCUGACUUCUAUAUCAGUCAAGACUCCCUUAGCUGCCAGCAACAAAAACCCAAGGCAAACUAAAUAAAAUAAAAAAGAGAGGGGAAGAAAGAGAGCAUAUUUUGGCCUGUGUUGCUGAGAUGUCUAGGCCAUGAUCCACCUCUACAACACUCUCUUUGCACUUAGCCCCAGGGGCUGGAAGGUGCUAGAGCCAUGAUCUGCCCAGUCCCCCACGACCUGAGGUGGGAAACAGAGACUUGGGGAUGAUGUGUUUGCCCCUUGGGCGUCCACCAGGGACUGUCUGAGCUGCCUUGUUGCUGAGCAGCCACAAGCCUGAGCAGUUCCUCUGCUCCUCCCAGCCCCAGUGGCUCAGGAGGCCAGCCCAGAGUAACGGGACUCAGAGCAGAGGCCUGGAGAUUCAUUCCUUUCUCUGGGCAGAGUCUGGGGACAGCACCUGGCCAUGUUCAACCUCCAAAGUCAGGAUGUUUGCAGAAAAGCUGGUGAGAAAAGCAUCAAGUCAGCCCAGAAGGACCUUUCCGAAGACCCCAGAUGCUUGCUGCACAGCUUCAUACAACCAAGAAUCACAGCCCUAGCUGGUUUGGCUCAGGGGAUAGCAUGUCAGCCUGCAGACUGAAGGGUCCUGGGUUCAAGUCCCAUCAAAGGCACAAGAGGAUCGAUUCUGAUGCCGGCUCCAUCCCCAGUGUGGGGCGUGUAGGAGGCAGCCAAUCAAUGAUUCUUUCUCAUCAUUAAUGUUUCUAUCCCUC